AUGCUGCGCCGACUGCACCACGACAUGGUUGACGAGAAUGCCGGAAAGCUGCUGCGGAAGGACAGCAAGAGGCAGCGCGUCCUCAAGUUCUUCAGGGCUUUCAAGCAGAAGCAAACACAGCGUCAGGGUGAGGUCGCUGUACCUGCACCACCCAAGCAUGAUAACGCUGCCCCACAAUCAGCCCCUCCACAAACACUCGAUGUGAUACCCCAAGAGGAACCGAGUGCCGCAGUCGAUCAUGAGAGCAUGGCGCCCGUAGAAGAACUAGAGCCAGAUCGCGUACCCACACCACCGCAAGAAACCAAGGAGGACAAAUUGGAGACUCUUGGUGAGGGCCAGCUUCGUACGCUCUUCGCCGGGGCCCCGCAGUUUGGCAUCGCAAAGACAGGCAGUCGCUACAUACCAACCGUCACUCAUCCUUGGAACGCCGAUGCUGUGCUCAAGGAAGCUACCGAUACAGUUCCACUUGCUGAACCCGCCUUCUCAGCCGCGACCCUACACGAACAUCCAUCUAAGACCCGACAACUACCCGAGACUUCGAAACAGUACAAUGGUUAUCAGGUGGACGUGGUGGAGAUGCCGAGCAUGGUCAGUGCCCAGGGUGUCGAACCAGGGACCGUUGGCUUCUCGCAUUUCCUCGAGCUACCAAGGUCUGACACGCUGGCCAGCGAGCUGGACCAGUCUCAGUCAAGUCAAGACUCCGCUGAGUCGGCCAGGAAUAAGGACGUCAUGCAGGCAACUCCUGAGCGACUGGGUAUCCGUCCAGUGGACUUGAACUUGAUAUACGACCGCUUGGCUGAGUUCCAGGACAUGUACGAGGCAUUCCAAGACAGCCCCGAGCCCAUGACAAUUCUCAACAACCAAAGCUCUGGAGAUCUGUACGCGAAUCUGUUCACCAAGUUCCUUACCCCUCCGGGUUACGACGACUCUACUGCGGAUCCUACAGGCUUGCAGACACAAAUCGUGGCUCUACUCAGGGUGUUGGGACUGAAGGGUGUCUGGUACGACUUCAGCCUUGUCGAAUGGAGGAUAAGGCUUGGCCAAAUACUGUGGAGUGAAUCCGAGCCAACAUCCGAGCAUCAUCACCAAACGCUAUGGACAGAACGGGAGAUAUUAUUACUGCAGAUCACCUUGGCUUGCGAGUUGCUGCUUCGACUGGAUGCCUUCACGAAUGCAGAUGCGACCGACGCUGAGAUCCGACUUCGGAUUGACGCAAAGGAUAUCGAAGGGUUUCUCAAGAUCAAGACGAGGAAGGUUGACUGGGAUUUGGUGCUCGCACGGAGAUUUCUCGACAACGUCGUCAUUAUGAGAGGCAGCGAUGCGCCAGUCUCACCCAAACCCAAACUACGUGGACUACUGUCAUUGCUAAGCCAAGGUGCUCACGCUCAGAUACCGCAGUCGGACCUCAUCAUACUUCCACAGCAUCAAUCCAGACAACUUUCAGGGCUUCUUCACUUUGCGAAGACGCUACAGUGGCCUAGCCUUGACGUGGUCUCGGCGGAUUUAGCUCGGAAGCUUGGAGAGCAACACAAAAUCGAGGAACCCACACCAUCAUCACCCAGCGGAAGGUUGCUCGACAUGGCCACCCCUUCCGGCAUCAGUGUCUACGGCACGCCACUGCAAACACCUCUCGCUUCCGGUCAACAGCUGGACAGCUACUUCGGCCACAUCGGGAAGCCCGCUCUGAAUCGCAACAACUCUCGUGCCUUACGCAUGCCACUUUCUCCCGUGUCGACCAUCUCGGAAAACGAUGCCACGUCCAGCUACAAUAUCGGAGGGUGGCUGAGUCGGUCUUAUCUGACCGGUCUUGUGCUCCCCGGAGAAGCCAUCUCACACUUCCUCGUGUCAACCUUGCUUGAGAACGACAGCAACGCUAUUGCCAACCUGGGAGAAUCAGCAAACUUGUACGGCGGAUUCACCUUUGGCGACAGAACCUUUUGGAGCAAGGCUUCCGUUGUUGGGCGUAUUCUCGCGUGUGCCAAAGGCUCUACAGAGUGUAUGGGCUGGAUCUCAUGUCCAAAGCUGCCCGACAGCCCUGCUGACCGUUGGUACUCGGUUCACAGCGAAAUGCUUCCGCACGAGAACCGGUUGCGACCAAGAGACGGUUCUGAUACAGUCGCCGCAGAGUCAGCUAUCGCACCAGUCGAUUCUCUAGCUUUAUUGAGGUCCGAGGACUUUGUUCUUCCCCAGGAUCCUGAUUCGUACCUGGCUCCCUGCUUGAUCUUCUCGCAGUGGGAACUGGUCCCAAUUAACACGGAUCUUAUCGACGGUGACAGCUUGACAGGACCGCCAACCGAAAGUGACAUCCAUGCCCCGUCGAUGACGUUUGUCUCCAGAGGAGAUGCAGUGAGCCACACCAUCACGUUGACAUACGAUGUUCAAUUUGUCACUUCUUUCCCCUGCACUACAGCUGCGUCUGCGCCUCCCUCGUUCACGCAUCGCCCUAAGGUUCUGAGGCGCUCUGGCACUGGAACAAUUUCGAGAUCCUCUUCAAAACACAGCGUAACUCUUUCACGCCGCAACAGCCACGGCUUUGAGCCGCUCCUAUCGCAUCCACCGGAUGCCGCAGACAUCGCGCCAAAGCGGAUGUACGAAGCAUCUUCCGGACCAGAAGUCGAGACACUUGCGACCAGUAGCAAGCCCAUGAACGCGCAUCCUCUACACCAGUCGUACUCCUACAAGAUCGUGCCAACCACCGAUAUUCUGGAUCCUGACUUUUUACUGCCGUUCGAGCUUCACACGUCCAAGUCUACAGAGCGCCUACUUGAUUUGUCGCGGAGCAACGACAGCGAGACAGCGGAGACAAUCAAGAAUAACAAGAAGGCUGUGUUGGUACUAGAUGCCAGAGCUUCGUCUGAUCUUCAGUUGCUCGCACGAGCCUGGUGUGCGGAAAAGGGCCUUCAUGCGAUCGCCAGAGGUUUAGGCAUCCACAUUGUGAUCAGAGUAUAG